UGUGAGAGAGAGAGAGACUGUAAAACUCUACUGAGUGGUGUCAGGAAUGGGACGCCUCCACGGCCUCUCUGAUUCCGCCUUCCGCUCGAUAAGCCAGUCCUUCCCGGAUCGUGACUGGGAAUACCUCGGAGCCGCAGUCCAGGCCUCCCUCUCAUCUCCAAAGCCAACACCAAAUCCUUACAGGGAGUGAGCUUGGGGCGAACGCCAGCGACUGAGAUGCGACCCGGACAAAGUCAGGGAUCAGACCAUUCCGGCUGGGAAAUCGGAUGCCAUGCAGAAUGAAAGUGCGGCGGUAUCUCUGGCUGUUGGUUCAGGCGAUUCAGCUGUACCACUGUGAGUCUGCCGCCAUAUGUAACAAUAUCACACAGUACUCAUUGUCUUCCCGCUGCUGUGCCAAGUGUCCACCGGGUACCUAUUUGAGCAGUAAAUGCACAAUACUGAAAGACACUGAGUGCAAGCCCUGUGAAGAGGGACUCUAUCAGUCAAAGUGGAACUUGGCUGAUCACUGUCAGCGGCACACAUACUGUGAUCCAAAUGGAGGAUUUGUGACCGAGUCACCUGGCGACACCUUGACCAAUGCUGUGUGUUUGUGUGCGAUAGGGAAGCACUGCAUCAAUGAGGACUGUGAAAUGUGUGUGGAGGACAAGAUUUGUGAGCCUGGUUCUGGAGUAACUAAACCAGCGGAUCGCAAACACAAGGACACAGAGUGUGAGGAAUGUAAACAUGGUUAUUACUCAAAUGUCUCUUCGGCUGUAGAGCUCUGUUGGAAAUGGACAAAUUGUGGGUCACGAGGAGAGCUGAAACCAGGCAAUGCAACAACUGAUGUGAAAUGUAAGCCUUGGCCUGUAGCAGUCCCUGGUGAGACCCCAACGAUUGUGAUCAGUGUUAUUGUCACAGCUGCAUUGGUAGCUUUAGUUGCUGCCAUUGUCUACCACAGAGAUCACCUGAAGGGAAUGUUGAGGCGAUUCCACACACGGCUCAAGCAACCAAAACAUCGUGGCUUUGAAGAGGUUAAUGGUGCUGCUGCAAUCUUCCAGGAAACCAACUGGCAAUGUGGCGAGCAACUGCAUGAGGAGACAUCACUGCCAAUUCCCGAGUCCUUGGCAGAAGAACAGAGCUUGAUCAUUGCUCAAGAAGAUGGCAAGGAGAGUCAUCUCCCAGAGCAAGAGCAGGCAUCUCUGCCAAAUAGCUAGCAAGCAUACUUGCCACCAGAUUGUGUUAUUCGUUGCUGGCUGGGCUUUUGAGCCUGUCUGAAGCACGUUGAACCCUGAACCUUGGCACUAAGUCAAUGAGGUGAUCUUUUCUCAGCCCACCCCGUCCCCUCUAUUUUUAAUGAUUUGACUGUGUUGUGACGACUUGCGGUCAUGUUUAGUUGACGUGCUUGCAAACUCAUGCUUCCAAGGCAACCCUGCAGCUAGAUCCUCAUCUGUGUGUUCCAGGACCUGGGAAAAUAAGACUGUUGUGCACCCACUGCAGUUGGGCAUGAGAAACCUGAACGACACUUGGUGUUAAAAGAUGCAGUUCUGUGCUUCGCUUAACAAGAACAAAAACGGGUGCUACAAUUAAAAAUGUUUAUGUGUGGAGAUGAGAAAGGUUUCCAGUGCAAUGCUGGGCCUGUGGCGAAGUUCGGUGAUCUCAGUCGGGUUGCAAAUAAGGACGUUACAGCUUUUGUUAAUCAGUUAACUUACCACUGAAAAGUCAAUAAUGCAGUACAGUGGAACCAUCACCACCUGCUCAGGGCCACCCAUAUGGUAAUAAACUUUUCUAAUGAUGGACACGUCCUAAGAAUUAAGGAAAUGCUUGAGGGCUGGGAGAAUCAUAGAAAUUAGAAGCAGUAGAGCAGAAGACUUAGGAGCAGAAGCAGGCCAAUCAGCCCAUUAAAUCUGCUACACCAUUUAGUAAGAUCAUGGCUGAUCUGAUCAUCAUUAAUUUCUCUGAUAGUAGGUUAUUUUUGUACCCAUUUACUAUUUAACAUGAUAAUGGCUGAUCCUCUGUCUCAAUUCCAUAUUCCCACCCUCUUCCCAUAACCUUUAACAUCACAAGAAAUGUAUUUCUUUCAUAAACACAGUUCCACAGUGUUUGUGUGGUAAAGAACCCCACAGGUUUAUCACUCUGAGUGAAGAAACCUCUCCUCAUCUCAGUCCAAAAUGGCCUAUUGUGUAUCCUAGGACUGUAGUCGCUUCUUCUGGACCUCUUGGCCAGGAGGAGCAUAGUCCUUGUGUCCAGUCUAUCCAGCCCUAUUUCAAUCAGAUCCUCCUCUCAUUCAUAGAAUCAUAGAUGUCCUGCAGGCCAUUUCGUCCAUAUCAGCCAUCCAAAGAGCAUCCCAGAACCACCCCUGUAACCCUACAUUUUCCAUGGCUAAUCCCCCUAGCCUGCACUUCCCUGGACACUAUGGAUAAUUUACCAUGGCUAGUCCACCACACCUGCACAUCUUUGGACGGUGAAAGGAAACUGGAGCACCCACAAGAAAUCCACACAGACAUGAGGAGAACAUGCAAACAUCACACAGAUAGCCAUCUGAGGCUGGAGUCAUUGCCUGGGUUCCUGGCUCUGUGAGGCAGCAGUGCUAACCAUGCCACCGUGCUGUCCUAAAGUAAGGGAGCCCUUUGACGCUGGUUGGUUUUAAACCAGCAACCUGCUGGUUAACCGCCAAACACGCUAACCUAUUGCGCCACAGGGACAGGCUAUCUUCUAAACUCCAGUGAAUCCAGACUCACUUGAUCCAGUGUCUCCUCAUAAGGACAGUGCUGCCAUCAUAAAAAUCCACGGCAAGCCUUCACUGAACUGCCUCCAAUUACAUGUAGGUUCUUUCUUGGGUAAGGACAGUCAAAUUGUGCACAGUGCUGUUGGUGUGGUCUCAUAAAUUCCUUGUACACCUCCAGUAUACCACUGGCCUUCCUAGCUGCUUACAACAUAGAAGGAAGGAGAGGACAGGGUGGGAUCAAGGAGCUUAAAUUUCUCAACAAACAAACAUUUAGUGUUACGGCUGGUAAUGUUGAAUAAUGUUCACUGAGUGGGUUGUGGAGAGGCCACAUUUUGGCCAACCCCUUGGUGACCUUGGAUUAUUUAGACUUUUAGAUGUCUCUGGUGUGUGGCCAGAAGGGCUAUAAAGCUGGGAGACAAAUUACUUGACCAUGGCUCUAUGUUUACAACAACAACUCUUAGCUGGUAAAAUGAAUGAGAUGCUUCACAGGAGCCCUUAUGGAGGUCUAUAAAAUUGUGAGGGGCACAGAUGAGGUGAAUGACAAGGGUCUUUUAGCUAGUGUGGGGGACUUCGAAACCAGGAGGCAAAUUUUUAAGGUGAGAGGAGAAACAUUUAGAAAGGACAGGAAGGGGCACCUAUUUUACACAGAGGGGUUGGUGCGUGGAGAAUGAACUUCCAGAGGAAGUGGUAGAUGUGGGUACAGUUACAAUGUUUAAAAGACUUUUGGAUAAUUAUAUGAAUAAGAAAGGGAGGAAUAUAGGCCAAAUGCAGGCAGGUGGGACUAGCUUAGUUUUGGAACAUUAUUGGCUUGGAUUGGUUGGACCAAAGGGUUUGUUUCUCCUCUGUAUGACUAUAUGGCUUCCUAAGGAGGAAAAUAAAAUUGACAUCAAGUGACAGAAGAAGAGCUUAGGGCCUGAACAAUUGGAGGUACAGCUGCCUAUAACACAGGGGAUGCUCAGGAGGUAAGCUUGGGAGGAACACUCUGUUUUCAGAGAGUUAAAGGCCUUAGAGGGAAAAGUGAGCUCAGAGUAGGAUUUGAACACAAGGACGAUUAUGUUCAAGUUGAAGACUUUCUGUAUGGGAAGCAAAAGUCGGUCUGGAAGCAUAUCAGUGACGGAGAGGGAGCCGGUGAAUCAGGAUUGAGAUUGAGAGAGUGUUUCCCAGCCUGUUAACAGACAUUAGAUUACUUACAGUGUGGAAACAGGCCCUUCGGCCCAACAAGUCCACACCGACCCGCCGAAGCGUAACCCACCCAUACCCCUACAUAUACCCCUUGCCUAACACUACGGGCAAUUUAGCAUAGCCAAUUCACCUGACCCGCACAUCUUUGGACUGUGGGAGGAAACCGGAGCACCCGGAGGAAACCCACGCAGACACGGGGAGAACGUGCAAACUCCACACAGUCAGUCGCCUGAGGUGGGAAUUGAACCCAGGUCGCUGGUGCUGUGAGGCAGCAGUGCUAACCACUGUGCCACCGUGCCGCCGACAAAUGUUCACAGAUCUCGGGAACUUCCUCACUGGAAAGCUGACCAGUUAAUGGGAACAUGCAGGAUAGUGUAAUCUGGUUUCUUGCCUGACUCAGGCUAGAUAGAGGUCACCUAAAUAAUGCAACAAAUAACUCAUGUCUCGAUCAUCCCGUCAGUCAUGUAGUAAUGAAUGCAAUGGUAUAUUUAAUCUCAUAUAACAUUGUGAUUAGAUUCAUAAAGGAGCCUUGUGCAAUUCGAGUAAAUUAUGGAAGGAGGAGCAAUUAGAUGAUGAGAUCUUUAAGAUGUAUUGUGUUUUUAGCCUGUACUUCCUGAUGACUAAUUAUUUUAUUGGAUAUAUACAGCCUGGACCUAUUCCUCUCUGGAACUCUGUAGUCACAACAAACCUUCCUGCAAUCUGCAAGGUUAGAAGGGGGAGUUUUUAAAUUUAUCACUCAGCGAUAAGCAGUUCAUUUUCCAGAAGGCUGUUCCAAUGUCCAUCACCAUGGUAACAUUAGGGGAGUAAGUCAGGUUGGAUUAAUGCUGAGAAAAAUUAGUGCUUAUUGAGUUAGGCUCAAAGCACUCUCUUUAUCUUUUACAGUAAUUACUUCUGUUUUAGCCACUAGAUUGGCUGUUCAUAGUCAUGGAUUAAACUUGGGAAGUCCCUGGUUUAUAUUGCUUUGGUAGGUGAUAGUUAAGCUAGCAAACAGGAGGGUGGGGUUCAUUUUGAAAUAAGUGAUCCUCAUGACAGUCGUAUAAUUGCUGAGGAUUCACAAGAUUGUUAGUGGUUACUUGCGACAGUUCAAAGAGUAAAGGUAUCCAAUUGAGGUUAAUCGAGUGAGUAACUAAUAUAGGUUUGGGCACUUCCUGUACCAAUCCCUUGUCAGAGCUGCAUUUGCUGUUCUCAGUGGGUUCACUGUGCAGACUUUAGGGGUUAGGUUCGGGGCAGAAAUUUGACUAGGAUUGCUGUUGGUUGUAAUUUGUGCUGAAGAGUCAGUUUAAGUUCAGCUGUAAUACUUGUUGUAGUCGACUCCUCUCUGGAUAGUAGGUCUUUCUCAUGUAUACUGGCCAUUUGAGUGUGACUGAUGCCUGUUGGAACUGUCCCUCAGAAAAAAAAGCUUAUGUCAGGGCUACCCAAGUGGGAUUGCAAGCUGAAAGUUUAGAAUAACUGGCUCAAAGCCAGCAACAGCCAGUAUGGAGCACAGACUCAGAUAUAACAGCUACACCCCUCCCAUUCUAUUGGAAAGCCCUGUCCCCACUUCCACAGGCCUUUACCCCCCCCCCCCCCACAACUACACACAGGUCACAGUGAGAAUCCUGACAAAUUGCUAACUCCUAAAUAGGGUAACAAUAGGAAAAGAUUUGGCCAACACUGGCCGAUGUCAUCAGUAGAAACUGUGCAAGAGCAUGAUUUUUUUUCUGUUAUUUCAACCUAAAUGGAUUAAAUAGUCAUCAGGUGGGAUAGAUUGGAAUCUUUGGGGUUGAGUAACAGUGGAACAGGAAGGAUGAGAACCUGAGGGGUUUCAAUGUUGAUCAUGGUUCUAUCACAUUGUUCGUAGGGACGAAAAGUGCCAGGUGCAGACUUGUGGCCUUGCAAACCAUGAAAUAGGGGCUAUCCAGAACGAGCACAAGCUUCACUGAAAUGCAUUUGUUUAUAUAACGUCGCAGGGCUCUCUUCUUGACAGCAGUGAACUAAACAGCUCCUCUGACUUCCUGUGGGAUCUUUCUUUAUUGUGAAGGACUUGUAGCCUUGAUUAGCUGCUCCUGUACUUUCCAGCACUUAGUCAUACUCUGAUAUUAGAAAGAUUCAUAUUACCCAUUGUUUUACUCCCUCACCCUGUUUGUCAUUCACCUGCUUUGACUUCAUGUAAUAGCCGCUGUCCCUCUGCUACACUGAAAUGGAAAUAAUCUGUGUGUGUGUGUCUAUGUGUAUAUAUAAAUGUGGCGAGGUGGUGAAGGGAGUGGGGGGAGGCGUGGUCAGUGGUCAGUAGCAUCCCUAAUGUCAUGAAAUGUCCAAUGGUGCCGCGCAGGAACAUUAUUAAACAAUAUGACAUUUAGCUAUGUAAGAAAGUAUGGCAGAUCACUAAAGGCUUGUUCAUAGAGGGUGGUAUUAUGAAGUGUUUUGAAGUAUGAAGGUGAGAUAGUGAGUUGUAGGCAGCGAACUCCAGAGGUAAGGCCCCAGACAAAGCAAAAAUAACAAUUUGGGACCUGGCAUGUAAAUCAUUUGUGAUCAGGUUCCAGAAUUUUCUGGAGGAGUCUGCCCUUCAUGUCUUUGUUAAAUCUUUUUCCUAUCAUCUUAAAAAUAUGCCUCCUAAUCUUGAAAUCUUACACAUUGGGGAAAAGACACAUGCCAUUCAUCUUAACUAUGCCUCUUAUCAUUUUAAAAACCUCUAUACAGUCACCACCCACAUCCCCAUCCUCCCAUGCUCCAGUGGGAAACCUCCCAGCCUAUCCAGCUAUCCUGUCUCUCAAACCUCCCAUUCCCAGCAAUUUCCUGGUAAACCUUUUCUGAAUCCUCUCCAGCGUAAUUGUUUCCUUCCUGUAGCAAGGUGACCAGAAUUGGACACAGUACUCCAAAAAGGCCUUGAGUGUUGGUACACGUGUAAAAAGUGAGGUCUGCAGAUGCUGGAGAUCAGAGCUGAAAAUGUGUUGCUGGUUAAAGCACAGCAGGUUAGGCAGCAUCCAAGGAACAGGAAAUUCGAUGUUUCGGGCCAGAGCCCUUCACGUGACAAUAAAUUCAAUUCAAUUCAAUUCAAUAUGAAAUGGUGGAUGCAAGUACAGUUUGGAGAAGAUUUGUAGCUCAGGUUGAGGUUCUGGAUGUAAGUUUGCAUGCUGAGCUGGAAGGGUCAUUUUCAGACUUUUCAUCACCAUACUAGGUAAUAUCAUCAGUGUUGAUUUUACCUAGUAUGUGGUGGCAAAAUGUCUGAAAAUGAGCCUUCCAGCUCAGUAAGCAAACUUACAUCCAAUUGAAAAGACAUUUGGAUAAGUACGAGAACAAGACAUCUUUGGAGGGAUAUGGGCCAAGCGCAGGCAAGUGGGAUUAGUUUAGUUUGGGAUUAUGGUCGGUGUGGAUGGUUUGGACCAAAGGGUCUGUUUCUGUGCUGUGUGACUAUGACUAGAUUUUGAGAAGCCGUUCUCUCUUGUGAAAA